CUUUCUUUCUUCUUUCCUCUCUCUCACCGCUGCAUCCGCCUGCCAAUCUCCACCUCCACCACGUGCACUUGUGCCUUUGUGAACCUAUUUAACUCGGUAUUUCUUGAGGACUUGUUUAAAAUGACUCAAAAAACGGACAAGGACGCAGUUUCACUUCGCAUUCAAAGUAUCUUAUCUGACAGUCAAUCAGAACUCAAGGAACAGCAAAAGGUAGACUCGGAUUCAGAUUCCUCGGACGAAGAAACCCAUCAGAAAACCAGCGAAGUUCGUGGGAAGAGACCGGGCAAUAGGUUUUGGAAGAAGGAUAGGAAAAGGUUUUCUUCCGUUGUUGCCACCAGAGGUUUGAAACGCAUCACUUGGGACCAGAAAGAAAAACUUCGCCAUGAAUUAAAACAUGCUAAACAACUCUCAAGAACCCUCAAAGAAGAACGGAGUCGUGUCAAGCAGGAAACAAGGGAAAGACGGCAGGAGAACCUGAAGCGACGUGAGGAGAAUGCAAGAAAGUCUGAAAUAGUCACAGUGAUUAAGAACACUUCCAAACUGAAGAGGUUGAAGAAAAAGCAAUUACGUUCAAUUGAGAAGAGAGACACUUCAGGGAAAGUUUAAAAACUUUCUUUCUCAGCCUGAAUUUUGAUGCUGACCUCUGUGCACACUAACGGCAAACAAGAUAAUUGACUGUGAUAUUAGAAAUUAAAAAUAAAUAAUAUUCUGACAA